GACACUGUGUCAAAUUGACUUUGGUCUGAUGACGAUCAACAACAUGAAGUUCGCUGCGAUUUCCUUCCUUAUGCUGCUUUUCGGAACGUUGGAAGUGAGCAGGUUGAAGUGCUAUCAGUGCACAAGCCUCUUAUCUCCAGCUAAUUGCGCAUCAACGGCGACUCAGGCCACGUGUGGAGCUGAGCAAGACCGAUGUAUCACUUUGGAGGCAAAGUAUGAAAUCGACGGCAUGUCAAAGCAAUCGAUUACAAAAGAUUGCUCAGCUAGCGCUGUUUGCGAUCGGGCAGCCGAUAUCUGUGGCCAAGAAGAGGGAGUGGAAUGUGACAUAGAGUGCUGCUCAGGAGACUUGUGCAAUGGUGUUGAUGACGAAGGAAGUGCCGUGGAGGACAACUUCUGCUUUACGUGUAUCAGCAACUCCUCAAUGGCCGACUGCAUUGAAAGUCAGACACAGCAGCAAUGCUCGCCCAAAGAAAACCGUUGUGGGGUCAUGUUUGCCUAUCAAGGAGAACUAAGAUCGAUGUUUCGUAAAGGGUGUAUCACGGAAGAAUACUGCUCUUCUCUCUGUCAAAAUGGACACAUUGAAGGCGAUCCAAGUAUCGAGUGCGAAUUAAACUGCUGUGAAGGAAGCCUUUGCAACGAUGAAAGUAUGGGAGCUAAGUGAAGGAUUUGAGAAAGGCAGACUUAGUUGUUGGCUGAUUGUGAAUUUCAAUGAUUGGGAACUUAUUCCCUGGUUUGAAUAAAAAUGUGUUGCAGUGGCUAAUUUUGA